AUGGCUAAAGGCCAUUUCGCAAUCACCAUUCUAGCUCCAGAAGCUCUGUUUUUACCACUCUGCUACCAAAUAUUUUGAAAAGCAGAAAAAGUAACAAGAAAUUCUAAAAUGACAGAGUAUAAUGUGUUAGGACAGUUACAUCAUGCCAUUCUGCUACUCUUGCAGACACACUUGUCCACGUAAAGGUGUCUCAGUUAUUUUUCAGAAGCCAUAUUACUCACACUGACCUUGCAGUUAACUCAAACAAGUCUAGAAAGUUUUCUUCUUCACCUAUCCAAUACCACACAUCCAAAGACCAGAUCAACUCCUAGGGUUGCCACAAAGCCUCUCCAGAAAUAUUUAAAUGGUUGA